UUUUGGACGGACUGUAGGCUCAGUCAGAGCAACAGUUCACUGUCAACAAAGCUCGGCCAAGUUACCGAAAUUGAUGUGCUUAGAGAUACAUUUUGUAAAGAAAACAGUGAUUUCAAUAGUUUCCUUCGUAGUAGAAUACACAGAAUGCUUCAGAGUGAGGGGGGCUACAUAGACAUUGAAGAACCAAUGGUGGCAUCAGAGACUGAGAUCGCCCCUGCUGGUCUGUGGAUAAAACUGCUGUCUGUGGACGUGUGGUGGUGGAGACAGACCAAAAUAACGUAAACUUUACAACUGCUUUCACUUUCAGUAGUGCUAAAUACCACUUGGAUAGGGAACAAUAAUCAAAUUAAUGAGAAGACAAUGGCAAUGCAAAUAAAGCCUGACUCUGAUGGAAGUGACUGUGAAACAGAGAUUCAUAAUAGAUCCAGAGAUCAGUGCAAACCAGUGACUCUUUCUUGUGAUUCCGUUAAGAAAAAGCAGAUGACUAAGAAUUUCACACCUAGUAUGGAUCCCCAUAAUGAAAAUGAAUUUCCCUCUAGAUCUACAGACAUAGCUGAAACUCAGAGAGAUACUAGUGAUGAUUGUAAGGAUGUCCUUGGCAUUGGGGAUAGUGAGCAUGUUUCUCAUCAUGCAGUGGAACAAAGUGACAAGAAAACACUUAAAAUUGGCAUUAGUGACAAACUCAGGUUACUGAAAGCAGACCAGCCCAGCAUUAAUCUGACUGCUAAAUCAUCGAGAAAGCGCAAGUCUUCUUUUCCUGUCAAGCUCAGCAGGAUGUGCCCUAUAAACUGUUCACUCGGAGAUGACCAGAUGUCGGAAACAAACUACUUAGUUUCACCCAACAUGAACUCAGGGGUUGGUGCAGAAGACGUCAGUGGGGGCUCAGAGAGGCCUGAAUAUAAUGGUCAGCUUGAUAAAGUUGAUGAUGGUCAGCUUGAUAAAGUUGAUGAUGGUCAGCUUGAUAAAGUUCAUGAAGGUGUCUUCUCUGGCUGUGAUAGUUCUCAUACUUCCAGUCUUCCAGAACCACUGGACGAAGGUCAUGGACACAGUGCAAGUUGCCCUUCUGACAAUUGUACCGAAUCUUGGGGUAGCACGUCACAAGAAACAUCUCGAGAAAGACACACAGGACAAGAUAUGACAGAUCUUCCGGACGGUUGUAGCAGUUUGAAUGACGAAACAGCACUCGAAAAGAAGAGUUUCAAGUGUAAAUUUUGUGGUGUUAGAUUUGCCAGGCGUAACAACCUGCAGAUUCAUGAAAGAAGUCACACUGGGGAAAAACCUUUCACGUGUGAGUUUUGUGGCGAAGAGUUUACAGGGAAUGGCCGUCUAAGGAGACAUCUCAGGGUACACACGGGAGAAAAACCCUACCAGUGUGAAGUUUGUAAUGCACGGUUUGCUGGUAGUACCGAUCUGGAGAAUCACAAAAAAAUACACUCAGGGGAAACUCCUUAUAAAUGUGAAGUGUGUGGUGCACAGUUUGCACUAAGUGGUAAUCUUAAGAUUCACAAAAGAUUACAUACCGGCGCUGAAGAAAAGCCUUACAAAUGUGAUGUUUGCGGAGCUGGGUUCGUUGGGAGUGGCCACCUACACAGACACAAAAGAAAACAUACAGGAGAAAAACCGUACAAGUGUGACAUUUGCAGUGCAGCGUUUGCCCAAAAUGGCAGCCUGCAGAUGCACAAAAGAGUUCACACUGGAGAAAAGCCCUUCGAGUGUGAAAUCUGUGGGGCAAAGUUUACACAGUCGGGGAACCUGCUGAGGCACAAAAAAUGUCGUCAUGCUCAGGAAAAUCCUUAGAGACGUUUGAAGUUUGUGGUGUAGGGUUUGCAUGAGCAAAGGAAAAAUCAUUCUUUGAUUGAGCAGGCCAGUGGAGUAGGAAGCUUUAUCUACUUAUAUUGUGAAGUCCACUUUUGAUGAACUUUUAUUGUCCAAUUUUUGUGACCGAUCUUGACGCAGUUCAAUAUUUUUAACUGUUUAUUUUUUAUUUUGUUACUUUUUUAGUUCUGACUUUCCCUGGGAGUGUCAAUAUUGUUAAUCUUAUAUAUAUAUAUAUAUUCCUUCCUUGUUGUUAAUUGAAUAAUAACCAGUGCCCAAGUCGGAAGUCGUGACCUUGAUGGGAGCGCUCUCCUUUCCUGUAAAUUUUUUCGAAUCUUCUAAAGACGACUUCCAAGAUGCUUGUGGAUUGAUGCUGAGGAAAUGUUUUCAUUGAUUGAACAAGCCAGUGGAGCAGGUGCUCUGUCUACUUACUGUAAAGGAAACUUUUACAAAACUUUUAUGGUCAAAUUUUUAUGAUUGUUCUUAUCAUGGUUUUAUAUUUUUUGCAGUUCAUUUUUUUUCUUCAUUUUACCGUCUUUUCUAGUUCUGAUUUUCCUAAGUCCUAAGUGUCAAUAUUGCUAUAAAACUCAAACUAAAAUUGCUAUUUUGCUACUGCAGGCAGACAAAAUCUUGUUUAGAUAGUCACUAUAUGUUCUUAAGAUUACUCAGCUGUGGCCAUACUAAGUGUCUUUGACAUGCCAUGUGGCGUUUUCAUGCAUUUAUUGAGCUGAAUUUUAACCGGUUUUAAGUUUAAGCUGUCUUACUGGUGAAAGAUUUUGAUAAGUUGACAGCAGCACAACUAGAUCAUUACUGGCCUUUCAAAU